CCGCGCCUCCAACUCCAAUCCGAUACAGUACGACACAGACGAUCGGCGUGUGUGCAUCGCGCACGAAUACGCGCAGCACUAUAAAUACUGCGUUAACAAAUCAGUGGACAAAAUGUUUGUGUCGGUGUGAUAAUUGUCGGUUCAAAUACGUUAAUUAGUGAAUAAAUAUAAUAAAAAUCGAUGAUUGUAUAACAAUUUGUGCAGUAAAAACUGUGCUAGAAAUAAUAUUCCUCGACAAACCAAAUUUUUGCAAUCGGAAAGCACUGAGUUGCCAGUUGUCUGUCAAAAUAAUCAUUCAUUUUAAUUAACAAAAAUAAAAAGGAAGUUAUUCGUAAUUCCAAAUGGUAGUUACCGAUUAAUAUGAAUUUUUUUUCCGGCUUAACUUGUUUAUUUUUUUAAUCGUUGUGAUUUAGGUUAAAUUCAUUUUGUUUUUACUGUAUGUAUGACAUUUAAGCUGCUAUUAUGGAUUCAAAAGUCGUUCUCAAAGAAAAAAAUCCGCACGACAAAGCAAACAUUAUAUCGAAAACUUUCCUCUUAUGGAGUUUCUCCUUGUUUCGCAAGGGGUUCAAAAGUAGUCUUACGAUAGAAGAUCUGUUUCAAGCACGCGCUGGCGACCAUUCAGGCCGAUUAGGCGAUCGUUUGGAAGAAGCGUGGCAAAAAGAACUCAACAAUGCGCGACAUAAUGGUACAAGACCUUCACUCUCAAGAGCUAUUGUUAGAUCCUUUUGGUUCGAAUACAUGAUAUGCGGAUUUUUCGUAGGCAUUUUAUUUAUUAUUUUAUGGCCAUUAAUCCCAUAUAUGUUAGCUUUGUUUAUUGGAUACUUCGCUGAUGAGAAGACACUGGAAAGUUACAGAAAUGCUCAUAUUUAUAACUUCUUAUUGAACUUCUUCAGUAUUGCUACAGCUGUUAUACUGAAUCAUGUAUAUUUAAUGCAAGGCUGCGUCGGUAUGAGAGUGAGGAUAGCGUGUUGUUCAUUAUUAUUUAGAAAGAUUUUGAAGCUGAACCGGACAGGUCUUAAUAAAACGGAACCUGGACAAGUUAUAAAUUUAAUGUCAAACGAUGUGAAUCGUUUCGAUUUGGUGGCAACGUUCUUGAACUACAUCUGGGUGAUGCCGAUAGUUGUGGCUGUUGUUUCAUAUCUCGUGUGGCAGCACAUAGGCUGGGCCACACUCGCAGCGCUUGCUGUUAUAUUCUUACAGACUGUUCUUGUUCAAGCGUAUUUGAGUAACCUACAAGGUAAAUUUAGAGGGAAGAUUGCAAAUCGAACCGACGAAAGAGUCAAGGUUAUGAGCGAACUCGUUAACGGAGUGCAGGUCAUUAAGAUGUACACGUGGGAGAAGCCAUUCGAGAAACUGGUCGACAAACUGCGCAGAAUGGAAGUAAGCUUUGUACUGAAGACUUCGUUCAUUAAAGGAUUCUCAACCGCGUUGAGUGUGUUUACGGAACGGUUUAUAUUGUUUUCCGCGGUGGUUGCUUUCGUGGUGAUGGGUGGUUAUAUACGAGCAGAGAUCACCUUCUCACUAGUCCAGUACUUCAAUCUGCUACAACUCGCAUGCAAUAUACUAUUUCCAAUGGCGUUGUCAUUCCUCGCUGAAGCUAUGGUUUCCGUGAGGAGAUUAGAGGAUUUCCUAUCAUUAGAUGAAUUGGAAUCGGCAAAGGCUAAGGAAGUUUAUUCCCUCGCUCUCAACGGUCAAGGCCUUAUCAGUAAUGGUGCGGAUAAAGAGAAACAUAUAGAAAAAGAAAAAAGCCAGCCAACAGGACUGACGCUGGCUAACGUUAGUGCGAGCUGGCAAGAGAAUCCUAUCGUGGAAACUUUAAGAAACAUUACAUUGACAGUAAAACACGGAGAGUUCUUAGGUGUCGCCGGACUUGUUGGAUCUGGAAAGUCAUCACUUUUACAACUGAUCUUAGGCGAGUUGGAGCCAUCCCAUGGGACUGUGUCCUUGGGUGGCGGUAGAAUAUCAUACGCCAGUCAGGAGCCGUGGCUGUUCGUCGCCUCAGUCAGACAGAAUAUUCUGUUCGGUCUGCCCUACGACCGCGUUCGUUAUAAAAAGGUGGUUUCGGCAUGCGCUCUGAUGCGGGACUUCGAGCUGCUGCCGGCGGGUGACGCGACGCUGGUCGGCGAGCGCGGCAUCAGUCUCAGCGGUGGACAGCGCGCGCGCAUCGGUCUAGCGCGCGCCUGCUACAGACAGGCGGAUAUAUACUUGCUGGACGAUCCCCUGUCCGCCGUAGACACGCACGUUGGCAAGCACCUGAUGACCGAGUGCGUCCUGGGCUUGCUGAAGGGCACCACGAGGAUCCUCGUCACGCAUCAACUGCAUCACCUUAGAGCAGCAGAUAACCUCAUCAUACUUCGAAAUGGUGAAAUCGAGACACAAGGUAGUUUCGAAGAAGUGUCGCGAUCUCCCCUAUUUGAGGAACUGUUGGAGGAAGAUGAGCAGCCGCAAGAGGAUAGCGCGGCCAAGGCGCGCUCCGAGCAAAUGCGACAACGCACAAUGUCAAUCAAGUCACACACGAGUACCAGCACGCUGGCAGAGGGUGAAGGCAACCAGGACGAACCGGGUGAAACAGAUGAGCUCAUGGAAAAAGGUCGUGUGUCGGGCUCCGUAUACUUGAAGUACUUCCGCGCUGGCGGCGGCUGGCCGCUGCUUAUAUUUACCAUCAUCUCUAUUGUAGCCGCGCAAGUCGUCACCUCCUUUGGUGAUCUCUGGCUUACGAGUUGGAUGAACAAAGUAGAAGCGAGGCAUGCGAGAUUAAAUACCGAAAACAAUGAUACAAAUUUAAUAAAUCCCUUAAAUUAUACCGACUCGUUUAACGAUACUACGGAACUACCAAGCUUUAUGGAUGACGUAACGGACACGAUCUCAACAACGAAUCCAAACCAUACCAUCAUUGGUACUAUGCUUAAGACGGCUGUUACUAUGCAGAAUAUAACCUUGACUGAGCAGCAGCCAUUGGAUAAUAACUUUUAUAUCUAUAUUUGGGCAGCUGCUAUACUUGGAUGUAUUAUUUUAACUACAGAAAGAUCGUUGUUGUUCCUGUGGGUGUGCAUGCGCAGCUCUAUAAAGUUACAUAACUUAAUGUUCAGUAACAUUUUAUCAGCUACGAUGCGCUUCUUCGACACCAACCCAUCUGGUCGUAUCCUGAAUAGAUUUUCUAAGGAUAUGGGUGUCGUUGACGAAAUAUUACCCAGGAUGAUAUUAGACAGCAUGCAGAUGUUUAUGGUGAUGUUCGGUAUUCUGAUAAUGGUUGCGAUCGUGAACCCGUACAUGUUGCUGACUACGGCGGUGUGCGGAAUCUUCAUGUACCUUUGGACUGUCAUCUACCUCAACACCGCGCAGGCUAUUAAGAGGGUGGAGGGCGUGUCGCGCAGCCCGGUGUUCUCUCACGUGUCGGCCACCAUGGCGGGCCUGCCGACAGUGCGCGCCUGCAGCGCAGAGGAGAUGCUGCGCGUACAGUUCGACGAGAAACAAGACGUGCACACUGCCGCCUGGUAUCUAACACUGAUAACGAAUACCGCGUUCUCGCUUUGGCUAAGUCUCAUAUCGGCGUCGUAUGUAGUCAUCGUCGCUUACACUUUCCUACUGUUGGACGAUGGUACGACAAAGUCAGGUGACGUGGGGCUGGCGCUAUCCCAGGGUCUGAUCCUGGUGAACAUGGUGCAGCACGGCAUCAAGCAGGCGACGGAGGUGAUCUCGCAGAUGACGAGCGUGGAGCGCGUGGUGCAGUUCACGUCGCUGCCGCAGGAGGAGAGCGCGGGUCCGCCGCCGCCGCCCGCCUGGCCGCAGCGCGCUCGUCUCGUCUUCAAAAACCUGUAUCUCAGAUACGACCGAGAAGCGGAACCUGUGCUCAAGAAUCUCAAUAUCGUUAUCGAAAGCGGUUGGAAGGUGGGUGUGGUGGGUCGCACGGGCGCCGGCAAGUCCUCGCUCAUCUCUGCGCUGUUCCGUCUCGCGCCCAUCGACGGACAUGUUUACAUCGAUGACGUCGAAACUGGCUCCAUCGCGCUUAAGGACUUGAGGUCGAAGAUCGCCAUCAUCCCCCAGGAACCGGUGCUUUUCUCGGCCAGCGUGCGGUACAACAUGGAUCCCUUCGACAAGUACACCGACGCCGAGAUUUGGAAGGCAUUAGAGCAGGUGGAACUAAAGCAGAGCGUCUCGUCACUGUCUGCGGCGGUGACUUCGGGCGGCGGCAACUUUAGCGCGGGCCAGCGGCAGCUCGUGUGUCUGGCGCGCGCCGCCCUCGCCCGCAACCGCCUGCUCGUGCUCGACGAGGCCACCGCCAACGUCGACCCCAAUACGGACGCGCUGAUCCAGAAGUCGAUCCGCAAACACUUUUCUGAGUGCACGGUGAUCACUGUGGCGCAUCGCCUACACACCGUCGCAGACUCCGACCGUGUCAUCGUGAUGGAAGCAGGUCAAAUAGUGGAAUCAGGUCAUCCGCACGAACUGCUGCAGAAGAGCGACGGUCACUUCGCGCGCAUGGUGAAGCAGCUCGGCCCCGCCUCCGAGCAGAGCCUGCGCAACGUCGCCCGCACCGCCUACGCCGACCACAUACGAUAUGUAGAUGCUGACGAACAACUCCAAUAGAACUGUACCUCGAGAUUACACAGACUCACUAACAUAUAAAGAUAUCCGAAUGAUAUCUGGCUAUCUGGAAAUACACUUUUUGCUUCGUUCCGACUUAAAAGCGCUGAAAUCAAUGUCGACUAAUUCUAUAUCUUAAAUUAGUUCAAGUUUUCAACACUGCUACUAAUAGCUACCGUCAACGUCAAAAUGGCGAGGUAUGCACGUAACUCAAACCAAAAUCUAACUGUCUGCAAAACUGUCUUUAAAAAAGUACUGUCUAUUGUAAAAUGUACCAACCAAAUGUAUAACUUUAAAAUGGAUAACAGAGAUAAAAAUGACGGUAGCGUAAAAAACAUCCAGUUUUUGUCUUUGUGGAUCUGUCAUUUUGUGGAAGGUAUUUAUAAUAUUGCGUCUGUGGCAUAGAAGUUAAGGACUUGUAAUCUGCAGGCUCUGGGUUCUAAUCCCAACAUAUACCAAUGUGUUUUUUAAUUUUAGAAUUUUAUAUGUACAUUUAUCUAACGUUCUUACGACGAAGGAAAACAUCGUAAUGCAACCUGCACAUCAUUGAGAAGAAAUUCAAAGAUAUAUACGAAGUCAACCAGCACUAGACCAGCGUGAUUGACAACUUUAGUCUCCAAGACCCAGAGGGGACAUAUAAUGAACUGAUGAUGACAAUAUUUCAGCCUUUUGGUUAGCAACAAAACUUGUAUUGAGAUCGAAAAACAAGCAUGUAAAACUGGUACAAAAAUAAAAUCUUGUCAACUUGUAUGACAUGUUUCAACAGGAAGGACAGUUAUAAUGAAUUGCUAUUUAUUACUUCUAAUACCUGUCUCAAAUGAUAAAUAUAUUAGGGAUAAUUAAGUAAGUUAUAUCAUAAUUAAAUUAUUUACUAUUUGUUACUUAAAAAAGAAAACAAAACAUCCACUUUUGUGCAUUAAACUGUGCUCAUCUGGUGCUAUAAACGUAAAGUUACCUUUUGGUACUUAAUUUACUGAAUUCAUAUUGUUCUACAAACAUAGCCUCUUAACUAUUUUACUAUUGCAUUCUUGAUAACAAUAUACAUGAAAUAAAUUAUAUUAGGUUAUGAUAAAUAUGCAGAAAUAACAUUGUAUUUGUGAUUCAUGUAAGAAAAACCAUUUAAAUAUUUUAUAAUCUAUUUAUUUAUAAUGAGCCAUAUAAGCUAUUAUAAAUACUCUAUAAAAGACGUAACGAUAAUUAUAUACUUUUAAAAACAAUGUGGCCUAAAAACCUGUGUUACUAAAAAUUAAUUAAAAACAAACAUACACAAUAAGAAGAGGCGCACCUUACAGUGUUAGUUAAUUUUACAAAAUGUGACUGCUUUAUGCUUUAUAAUAAUAAAUAGUACUUAAAAUAUGUACUUGAAAUACUUUUUGAAAUAUUUUUAUUUUCUUGAAGAGAAAUACACUUGAAUUAAAGUUUACGAUGUUGAAAGAUAUAUUCUCAUAUAUUUUAAGGUUAUAAUUAAGAAUAUUGAGCCAAUACAGCUCACAUGUAUUUAUUGUUUCUUUUGAAUAAAGGUUAAAAACAAAAAAAAACUGAAAUAAUGCCAUUACAUUUUGUUAGUGUUUAAUAAACCAGUGUUACUUAAAUUAUAUUUUGUAAUAAAAGAAAAUAUAAAUAUUAU